ACACGAUAACAAACCUUUGACAUUAAUCUUUAGAUACACACCUAGGAGAAGAAAAAUAAUCACAUAAAAUGAAAACCUUGUCUUGUUCGACACAUAGGCCUUUGUUGUCUCAUAUAUAUGCCACCAAUUUCCGUUACCGGAACAAAAAGGUAAAUUCCGGACCAUGUUCUGUUGUUUCUUCGGUUUCUAAAAUAAAUGAAGACGCACUCGGAACAAAAAUAUCCCCAAAAAGGCAAAAACAAGAUGAAAAACGUGAUUUUUUUAACUCGCUAAAACCAUCAUCAGAACCCUCAUUACUCAAAAAAAUAUUGGACACAUUGGAUAGAGCAAUUGUUGAGUUCCUAGAUCCUCCUCUGCACUUGUCCGUCGACCCGAACUACAUAUUAUCUGGCAAUUUCGCACCGGUUGAUGAGCUCAGCCCGACCGAGUGUGACGUAAUACUAGGCUCCAUUCCAUCAUGUCUUGAUGGUGUGUACAUACGAAAUGGACCAAAUCCGCAAUUCAUCCCAAACGGGCCACACCAUUAUUUUGAUGGAGAUGGAAUGUUGCAUUGUAUUAGAAUUUCUAAAGGCCGGGCCAAAUUUUGUAGCCGGUUUGUUAAGACAAACAAGUAUGUUUUUGAGCAUCGAGUUAAGUCGUAUGUGGUUCCGAAUGUUGUUGGAGGUAUGCGUGGCCUAGUCGCGUUUAUUGCUCGUGCGACGUUGUUUGGUGCACACGUUGUUUUUGGGCAUUAUGAUAUUUUUGAAGGCAUUGGCGUAGCAAACACGAGUUUAGCCUUUUUAGGAGGCAAAGUUUACGCGUUAUGUGAAUCUGAUAUUCCAUAUGAGAUCAAAAUCGAUGAAAAUGGGGAUGUUAUAACCUUAGGUCACCAUGAUUUUGAUGGAAAUCUUUCAAUGAACAUGACGGCUCAUCCGAAGAUCGAUCCAGAGACUAAAGAGGCGUUUGCGUUUCGUUACUGGGCUUCACGUCCGUUUUUAACUUACUUUCGUUUUGAUGCAAAUGGAAAUAAGCAACCUGAUGUCCCUAUCUUUUCCAUGCAACAGCCUUCUUUAACUCAUGACUUGGCUAUAACACAAAAGUAUGCAAUUAUAUGUGAGAGUCAAAUUGGGACAAAUUUUAUGAAUUUAAUUCGUGGUGAACGACUAGUCGGUGUUGACACCAAUAAGGUUCCAAGGAUUGGUGUUCUUCCAAGGUAUGCAAAAGAUGAAUCUAAUAUGAAGUGGUUUGAGGUACCCGGGUUCAAUAUAUUCCACGCUGUCAAUGCGUGGGAUGAAACAGAUGAAGAUGGUGGCGAGGUCGUUGUUAUGAUGGCCCCGAAUAUAGUGUAUGUAGAACACUUUUUUGAACAAGUCGAUCUGAUCCAUGGAUCGAUGGAGCAGAUUCGGAUUCACUUAGGAACCGGGGUUGUCACCAGGCAUGUUAUGUCGUCGAAAAAUUUGGAGUUUCCGGUUAUUAACCCAACUUAUAUUGGAAAACAGAACAGGUAUAUUUAUGCAGCAAUUUCUGAGGAAACACCAAUAAAAUCAAGGAUGAUGAGGGUAUCAGGGGUGGCAAAACUAGAUAUCCGAGCAUCAAAAGGUACCGAGGGUCAGAACGAGUGUACAGUGGCUAGUCGGAUGUAUGAAGACAAGUGCUAUGGAGGUGAACCUUUUUUUGUUCCAAGAGACCCGGAAGAUCCAAACGCAGAAGAGGAUGAUGGGUAUGUGGUAUGCUAUGUGCAUAAUGAGAGCUCGGGUGAGUCAAGGUUCUUAGUGAUGGAUGCGCAAUCAACUACGCUGGAUGUUGUGGCUGCGGUCAAGCUGCCACAACGAGUGCCUUAUGGUUUACAUGGGAUAUUUAUAAGAGAAAAGGAUCUUAAUGAAAUGUGA